AUGACUUCGUCCUUCGUGGACCCUACCACGGUGCGACCUAAUUUCUGCCGUCGGUCUUCAUCUGCAGCCAAUCAACAAGCAUCAUUUGGCGACGAGUCUGUAUGCUGUGGAAAUCACCAACCCCACUAUCAACAGCAGCAAUACCAUCAACAACAACAACACAUUUUGCAACCAUCGCUGGAAGAUAGUAAUGUUCAUUUCCACUGGGUGUCUGACGAUGCUCAACCCAAGCCGUGGUCCACUUGGCCAAACACAUGGUAUUCCCAAGCCUCACCAGGUGCGAAUGGAAGCGAACACACGGUCUCGGAUUGGAACAACAGCAGCAUAUCUCAGUCAUACAUGAUCUUUCCCUUGGGCAACGGAAACUAUGUUCAAACCAGCCAGCCGACCACCGACAACUGGCUUCUUCAGCGCUCGUACCAUGGAGCCCAAGACGUGACUGACAAUCAGAUUCCAUGGACCUACAAUCCAGUACAUCCUAACUACAACGAUUCACACCGACACGAGUCUCAGCCCCACGCACACGAUAUACCUCAUCACGAAAGUAGGGCGGAUGCGCAAUACUCCGAUCCAGGAGAUGCAUGCUUUGAGACAGCGCCUGUGGAUCUGAAUCACUACACGUUCGUCUCUCCCGAUGAAGCUUUGAGCCACGAGGGCUACUAUCCAGAGAAGCAUGACACUGGUCAUUGGAACUGGUCACAGGCCGCACCCAACGUCUUGCCUCUUCACCCUCCGCUUCGCACAGAUAUUGCCAUUCAAGACCUCGGCCAUCUUGGUGGGACUUCAUACUUCUCCAAGCCGAGCUCGUCAAUGGUCACACCGCGCACCCAGAUAUCCCCAACUUCGUCUUGCUGGGACGUUGAUGACAAUGCUAGUCUCGCAACUACAAAUACGACGACCCCGACAGACCUCGUACCCGAUCCUCCUACCGAGAUGGUGGAUCCGCCGUCUGAGGACAUGAACCCUAGCGAUAAGACUAUGUAA